CAUUUAUCAGCUGAUAAAGGCGGCUUGCAAAACAUUUUACUGGAAAAUUAUAUUUUCAUUUCACAAUAAUUGAAUAUGGCUGAAGCCAAUGCUGCUGUCGCACCUGAUGGCGAUGAAAAGAAGCUUUACGACAUCUUUUUAAGUGGCUGGAAUUUGAUUGACGAGCUAGAAACUACCGAGUUACCCUUCAAUGGAACCGAGUUUCAGAAUAAAGUGAAAACUGCAAUGGGACACUUUGAGCAGGCCACGGUUAUUGUUAAUCAAGUCAGCAUGUUCAGUUCCAACGAACUGAUUGAUGAGGUCUCCACGGAUUCUCUUCCCUUUAUGCUGCUGCCAUAUUUCUUGGGGAAGCUUACCACCAAGAUUCACAAUCAGCAUAAUACAGAGGCACUGGAGUUGGGUGAGGUCUAUUUUAAAGAUCACCUCAAGCGCUGUCACGAAUACGAGCUCUAUGAUGGGCCCAUGAAUAAAGCGGAGCAGGACAAUAAGACGGAUGCAGCACAGCAGAAAAGUGAACUACAAGAAUUGAAGGAAGCGGCAUCCAAUCGCAAUGAGAAAAUCGCACAAUUCCGCAAGAUGAAGGAAAUCGACGAAUAUAUGUCCCGCAUGCGCAAUAUCGUCAAGAACAAAAGCGCCGAUGAUGAAGUGCGUCGCGAAUUCUUUUUGAAAUAUUUACAGAAGAGCAUCAUCGAAGCUAAGCAGGAAUUGGAUAAUCUGCACAUGAUGAAAGAGAUGUUAAAAAUGCGUCUGGCCCACAAAAAGGCGGACGAAGAUAUGCAGUUCUCAAAUAUGCAAGGUUUUGACCGGGGAAAUGGCCACAGUCAUGGACAUCAUUCACAUCAUCAUGGCGAGUCGAAGCCAAAACCGCUGCAACCAUUUAUCAUAACACGAAAUGCCGCUCAGAAGGCAGUCUUUGGUUUGGGUUAUCCCAGUUUACCGAUCAUGUCUGUCGAUGAGUUCUAUCAGCAACGUGUCGACGAAGGCAUCUUUCCCGACGAGCAGAAAAUGGCGAAGAUAAAUCAGGAGAAAGCAAUUGCCGCCGCACUGGAUCCCAAUGAACAAGAAGACGAGGAGAAGGCAGUUGUCGAGCUGCAGGUGGAGGAUGACGAUCCCGAGUAUUUGGCACGUAUGCGGCGCAUGGAUGAAUACAAAGAUGUUGUCCGACGUGGUGAUGGAAACCGGCACAAUCGUAGUUAAACUACAUACUCAAUUUUUCUACACAUACAAAUCAUGAAUAAAGUAUUUCGUAAUUUUAAAUAAACAAUGAGCUGCAUCUCAAUUU